CGGUGUGGCAGGACAGGCAACGGGACCAGCAGGAAGACGAAAGCCCUGACCCAGAACCCAGUGAUCCUCCUCAGCGCCGCGAGACAACAUGCUGCCAGGCUCCCCUCUGCUCCUGCUCCUCGUCCUCGGCUCCGCCGCGUGCUUCGAGCUGCUGCCGGAGGAGGCUGCUCCCCGCCGGGCACGAUUCUCCUCCAACAGCCCGACUGAUGUGGCCAGAUGUUUGAACGGAGCCGUGGCUGUCGGCUGCGGAUUCUUCUCCUGUCUGGAAAACUCAACCUGUGACACCGACGGGAUGCAUGAAAUCUGUGAAGUCUUCCUCCACACAGCUGCUACCUUUAACACAGAGGGUAAAACUUUUGUCAAGAAAAGUCUGCAGUGCAUCUCCCAGGGAAUCACGGCGAAGGUUUUCCAAACUAUCCGCCGCUGCAACAUCUUCCAGAGGAUGAUCGCAGAGGUGCAAGAAGAGUGUUACUCCAGUCUUGACAUCUGCACUGUGGCUCGGACUAACCCUGAUGCCAUCGGAGAGGUGGUGCAGGUGCCGACUCACUUCCCCAACAGAUACUACAGCACUCUGCUGCAGAGCCUGCAGGCCUGCGACGAGCAGACCGUGGCGGCGGUGAGGGCCGGCCUCAUGGCCAGGUUAGGCCCCGACAUGGAGACCUUCCUCCAGCUCGUCCAGAACAAACCCUGCGCCACCGGCUCCAGCUCCGCCGCUUUCAACAACCCGUCCAGCUGGAGAAACAUGCCCGUGUUCAACAUCCAGCCCGGCUUCAGGGGCCGAGACCCCACCCACCUGUUCGCCAGGAAGAGAUCCGUGGACAACAUGGAGGGAGGGGUUAAUGCCGAGAACUAGACAACACACAUACACUCGCAAUCACACACACUCACAUGCAAUCCUGAAUAUUGUUUCCACAUAUGCACACUGAUACAUGCAGCUUUUACCUUUUGCAGCCAAGAGCUUUAGAUGGUGAUUUGGGGUAAUAAUUACUCUUACAUGUUAUUAUUGUUAUUAUUAUUAUUAUUAUUAUUUGGGGUGAUUUGCUCAGUCCGACUACCUGAUGUUACUGACAAGCUUCAUUGAGCAACCUGUGUUACAGACAUUUGAAAAGAGGCCUAUUACAGUGAUUAUAAUUGAUAUUUAUUUUCUUAAAGUUAAUUUAUGAGGCUGUCAUGCAGUUAUAUUUAAUGUAGUGUGGGAGGAAAAGAGGCUGCGGAGGUCAGAAGAUGCUUUCAUGCUGGUCGUGGAGCUCUUUGUGACUCCUGGCAGGGGCCAUUUUGCUGGUCUGAGAUCACUUUAUUAGUUAAAGUUGUAUGUCAUGUUAAAUGAGAAGUUACUGCGGUUGAGUGACGGAAAAGUCUGGAAGCCGACUCGGCUGCUUUGUGUUAGAAAUAAAUGAUGUUAUAUGAUUGA